CCCGUAACAACAACAUGAAUACUAGCUAAGCUUAAAGCUAGUUAUUUGGAAGCAGAAUAAAACGCUCACCGGCUCGAAUCCCGCCUGGGUCUCAUCUCCAGCGUUGUCUUCGGCUUGCUGCUUCCCAGCCGGCUGUAGCCCUUUGUGAAAUGAGCGACUCCGAGGACGAUGGCACCCCCCAGCUCUCCUCCCACACCCUGGCAGCGCUGCAGGAGUUCUAUGCUGAGCGGGAGCGGCACGUGGCCCCAAGCGGGGAGGCCAAAUACACCGUUGGAGCACUGGACGAGGACUGGCAACUGAGCCAAUUUUGGUACAGCCCAGACACCGCGCAACGGCUCGCAGAGGAGGCCAUGGCAGUUGCCGGCGAAGGUGGCAGAAUUGCCUGUGUCAGCGCCCCCAGUGUCUACCAGAAGCUGAGGCAGCGGCACGGGCAGGCCGUGUCUGUGUACAUCUUUGAGUAUGACCGGAGGUUUGCCGUCUAUGGAGAGGAGUUCAUCUUCUACGACUACAACAAGCCCCUGGAGCUCCCUGCGCGCAUCGCUGCGCACAGCUUCGACAUCGUUGUAGCCGAUCCGCCCUACCUCUCCGAGGAAUGUCUCCGGAAAACAUCAGAAACCAUCCAGUACCUGGCUCAGGGCAAGAUUCUGCUGUGCACAGGGGCCAUCAUGGAGGAAGCAGCUGCGACCCUGCUGGGAGUGAAGAGGUGCAAGUUCAUCCCCCAGCACACCCGGAACCUGGCCAACGAGUUCCGCUGUUACGUGAAUUACGACUCUGGGCUGGACCAGGGGCUCUAGCUGCUCAGCUGCCCUUGUGAGCGCCCAGGCUGCUCCUCAGCAGAUUGAAGGCUCUUACCUCAUCCUCCAGGCGGGGCCACCUGAGCCCCAGCUUCAAAAUAAAGGACACAACCUGGC